AUGCGACGUCGACGCAUGUCUCAUCUAUCAACAUGUUAUUACAUGGGAAUAUUAGCCGUAGCUGAUACCAGUGUGUUACUUCUUGGUUUAUCUGUCAUGUGGAUUUUUGAAGUAAAUCGUAAAUGGUCAUUAUUAUUACAAUCGACAUAUAUUUGUAAAAUUGUUUCACUUUUAUUUUAUACUGUAUCGGAUGUUAGUGUUUGGCUUGUUUGUAUGAUGUCAGUUGAUCGUUGUAUAGCUGUAGCACGUCCACUACAUGCCAGUUCAAUUUGUACCGUACGACGUGCACGAAUAUCUGCUUCAAUUGUUGUUAUAUGUAUUAUAUUAAUUAAUAUUCAUUUUUUAUUUACACAUCAUUUAUCAAUAGAAAAUGAGUGUUGGUUUCAUGAACGUUAUGAAUUUUUUAGUCGUCAUAUAUGGCCAUGGAUUGAUGCAGCUGUCUAUUCUGUUUUACCAUUUAUAUUAUUAUUAACAAUGAAUUUAAUUAUUGUGCAUAGUUUAUUUCAAGCAAGACGUUCAACAACAAAUUUGCAAAUCUAUCAAUCACAGAUAACGCGGCAGAAAAAUAAAUUAUCAAUGUCAAGAAAAUUGACAACAAUGCUCUUAGCUGUAACUGGCUUUUUUUUAUUAAGUUCAUUUCCGAUGGUUUGUUUACAAAUUUACACAAAUAUACAUAAAAACAAUGAAUAUAAACAACAAUUGGCACAAUUAUAUUUAAAACCAUUAUGCGAAACAUUACAAUAUUCAAAUCAUUGUGUCAACUUUUUUCUAUAUGCUAUAACAGGUAGAGCAUUUCGUCAUGAAUUAAAACGUUUAUUUGAUAGUAUUGCUGUUAAAAUGCAUUUAUCAACUGAACCAAUACAAAAAUCAAAUGAUCGUCGUACAACAACAAUUAAUAUUAAUUAUUCAACUGUUGAUUCAAGUCAAAAUCAAAAUCAACGUGUAAAAGGAAAACGAACAUUUCCCGGUACUCUAUCUAUUCUUCAAUGUCGUCAUUCAAUUGAUUCCACAGCUAGUAAUUCAAGUACUGUUCCACGUUAUUUCCGGCAACAACAAAUACCUUGUGACAGCAUGAAUGACGUAACAUACUGUUUACAAAAAAUAUCAAAUGUAUGA